AUGCGCCUAGUCUACCUUUGCUAUGCGACAUUGGAUGCGAUCACGCCUUUCCCAGCGUCACUAGUCGCACUAGUGGGCAGUAUUGCUUUGUUUCUGUUUGUUUUGCGUUUCGUAGUGGGCGGUCAAGAGGUAACUUGGCUUUUUCUUCAAGUGGGACGACAAUGGAUGCUCAUGGUUUUGGUGAAUCAUGCGCAUUACGUGCUGUCUGCCGGUCCUGUGUGGGCAGUGGUGCUAUUGGCCUCAGCUUUGUGGACGCUACAAGUCAUUGGAUACCUGCUUUUUAUAGAAGGCUGGUUCUUACUAGCGACGGAACCGUUCGAUCUAUGGACCACGAGCUUGCUCUUCCUCUUCCUCGUCACCUACAGCGUUCUGUUUUGCGUCAAGAUUCUGGUACAAGAGAAUAUAAUUAGUUUGUUAGGAUAUUGUUAGCAGUUGUGUAAGUAGUACGCGCAGCACUCGUUGAGGAGUGAUACAUUAUAAAUGAUAAAGUUGUCCCUCUCCAUCAUCGUCCUAGAACCCCUGCUCUCCAUUUUACUACGACAGAUCUAUUGCUAUCCAGAAUCGGCGGUGGCCGAAUUUCUGAUGACCGACAUUAGGCUCGACGGGCAACUAGCAGGCAGAGAACGACCACGACCCCUUACUUCGGAAGUGUUAAAAACCCUGCUUCAAGGCAAAGUAGCCGACCUGUGGACCCCACGGACCCGUGAAACAGAGAUCAUAGGCAAGCCCUGUGCCGUCUGCUGCGAUGAGUAUUUUACUUCUGCUUUUUUCUUGUACAUUCUGUAACGUUACUGAAUCAGGCAGGUUAGGUUCUCAUAUGGUUCGUCAAGAAUGCAGCAAUGAUGAUCAGUAUCUAUGAUACUAGAUUGUGAACUCCCUCAUACUUGAAAUGUGCUCAAUUAUUAAUACUCUACGGGCAAUAUAGUUAAAGAGUAUCAGUUUCAUCUGAGAAAAUAUCAAUACCCAAACUUCUACAAGAAGAACCAAUAACAAAUUCUUACAGCAUCGAGCCAGAGGACACGGUGAUUCGACUCCCCUGUACGGGCGGACAUACAUUUCACAAAGAGUGUGUAUUAGAGUGGUUUAAACGUGGGAACCGAGGGUGCCCUCUGUGCCGUAUGGACGUUGAAGAAGCCCUGAAAUUGGAAGGCAGCUCUAGAAAUCCAAAUGUUGCUGUUGCUGCUACUUGAAAGGAAGCUUCAGGCUGAUUCAAAAACUUCUUCUUCUUCCAUCACAAUGCUUUCCAUCCCGACCAGGUCAGAUAUGAUCAUUUAGUUUUUGAUCAUGAUGCUGACGCCCUCAUUUUCGUUUUCUCUGCCUGGGUGGGUAGACGAAUAGAUUGACUUGGUUUGAUGUAGAAUUAUUUAAUACCCACCUCUUGAUUUUUUGAAGAUUCGAUACACGGGCAUAAUUGAUUUGAAGAGCAAUUAUAACUACUCUAUCUUCUGAAGAUGACCCUAGUUGAAUACCCUUUUUGACAGUUAGAUAGUUGUUGGGUGUUGAUAGGCAAAUGUAGAAAAUGCGGUUCUUCGAUCUUAGUGCGUGACAACAUAAAACAACGCUAACGCAGGUGCGCAAUGUGGUAGUCGCAUUGAUUUAGACAUGAUGGUGUAGCAUAAAUGAACCACAGACAUAAAAAGAUGCAAAUUCCUAGAAAAGGCACAGGUGGAUAGAAACUAACAGUUCUUGUACAGAAUUGCACAGAUCAAAUUCUUAGAGGUUGUAUAGAGUUGCACAAUAGGCACAAAGGUGAAUAUAGCUCGUAAUGUGAUGUAACCGACGUGUACAAUAUUAUGACUGGCACUCACAACAACUAUAUUUGUUCUUGGAUGCUCUGAUUUAACUUAAUGCAGUAUCCCUGUUCAACAAAAUACUUACUCCUUUGGCACAACCUCAACUCCUAUACUGCAGUA